UUGAGGGUUCAAAUUUCAGACCUGGGUUGAUAAUGGAGCUGCUGCCACUGCUUUGAUCUGUUAGUUCAACGUUGCUGUAGGAAGAGCCCUAAUUGGCCAAAGCCGACGCUCCUCCGGGUGCUGUGAGCUUUCGUGGUUGAAUUUUGAAUCCUUACCGAUGGGUACAGAGACGGAACCGAUGGAAACCGCCGAGGAGUUCGCCACCAAGUCUGCUCCGCCGGCGGGCCGUCCUCCUAGGCUAUUUAUAAAGGAGAUGGUGAUGAAGAAUUUCAAAUCCUAUGCGGGCGAACAGCGCGUUGGCCCAUUUCAUAAGAGCUUCUCGGCGGUUGUCGGUCCUAAUGGAAGUGGGAAGAGUAACGUUAUAGAUGCUAUGCUUUUUGUGUUUGGAAAGAGAGCUAAACAGAUGCGGCUGAAUAAAGUGUCAGAGCUUAUUCACAACUCCACCAAUCAUCAAAAUUUAGACAGUGCUGGAGUCUCAGUUCACUUUCAGGAGAUUGUUGAUGUGGAUGGUGGUACUUAUGAAGCUGUACCGGGAAGUGAUUUUGUGAUAACACGAGUUGCAUUUCGGGACAAUUCCUCGAAAUAUUAUAUAAAUGAUAGAUCCAGUAAUUUCACAGAGGUCACCAAGUUGUUGAGAGGGAAAGGUGUUGACUUGGAUAACAACCGCUUUUUGAUUCUUCAGGGUGAAGUGGAGCAAAUUUCACUGAUGAAGCCAAAGGCUCAAGGUCCCCAUGAUGAAGGCUUUCUUGAAUAUCUUGAGGAUAUAAUUGGUACUAUCAAGUACGUUGAGAAGAUUGAUGAAUCAUUUAAACAGCUGGAAGAGCUUAAUGAAAAGAGAUCUGGUGUUGUUCAAAUGGUUAAGCUAGCAGAGAAGGAAAGAGAGAGUUUGGAGGGCGUCAAGAAUGAAGCAGAAGACUACAUGUUAAAAGAAUUGUCGUUAUUAAAAUGGCAACAGAAAGCCACCAAUCUUGCUUCGGAAAAAACUGGUACUGAAGUAGCAGAACUGCAGGUUGCUGUGUCAAACCUGGAAGAAAAUGUGAAGAUUGAAAGGGAGAAAAUUAAAGAAAAUAGCAAAGAAUUGAAAGAGGUUGAAGAUUUGCACACGAAGUACAUGAAAAGACAGGAGGAGCUGGAUAGCGACCUUAGACGUUGCAAGGAUGAUUUCAAGGAGUUUGAAAGGCAGGACUUGAAGUAUCGGGAAGAUUUUAAGCAUAUGAAACAUAAAAUCAAAAAGCUUGAUGAUAAAAUUGAAAAGGAUUCAACCAAAAUUGCCAAUCUCACUAAAGAGUGUGAGGACUCUGACAAUAUGAUUCCACUGCUUGAAGGAGACAUUCCAAAGCUACAGAAACAGUUGGCAAAUGAAGAGAAAAUCUUGGAAGAAAUUCAAGAAAGUUCUAAGGCCGAAGCAGAGGUCUUCCGCAAUGAGCUUGCUGAUGUUCGUAGUGAAUUAGAACCUUGGGAAAAGCAAUUGAUUGAACACAGAGGAAAGCUUGAAGUCGCUUCAGCUGAAAAGAACCUUUUGAAUGAAAAGCAUGAAGGACACCGUGCUGCAUAUGAAGAUGCACAGAAACAAAUUGGUGAAAUACAUGAAAGAAUUGGUAUGAAGACUUCAGGAUUAAAAGAUACUCAAGUUCGGCUAGAAAAACAAAAGCUCCGGUCAUCUUACGCUAGGCAAUUGGAGCGGAAAUGCCUUGAAGAACAAGAAAGGCUGGUUCCUCUUGAACAAGCUGUGAGACAAAAGGUAGCAGAGCUUACAUCUGUUAUGGAAUCUGAAAGGAACCAGGGAUCAGUCUUAAAAGCAAUACACCACGCUAAAGAAACAAAUCUUAUACAAGGAAUUUAUGGCAGAAUGGGAGAUUUGGGAGCCAUUGAUGGAAAAUAUGAUGUUGCCAUAUCAACUGCAUGCCCUGGGCUGGAUUAUAUUGUUGUGGAGACAACUGCAGCAGCACAAGCAUGUGUCGAGUUGCUUCGAAAUCAAAACCUUGGUGUUGCUACUUUCAUGAUUCUAGAAAAACAAGCAGAUCAAGGACGUAAAAUGAAGGAGAAAAUAGAUACCCCUGAAAGUGUUCCUCGCUUAUUUGAUUUGAUCAAGGUUCAGGAUGAAAAGAUGAAACUUGCAUUUUUUGCAGCAUUAGGAAACACACUUGUAGCUAAAGAUAUUGAUCAGGCAACUCGCAUUGCUUAUGGUGGAAAGAAAGAAUUCUGGCGUGUUGUGACACUAGAUGGUGCUCUCUUUGAAAAAUCUGGUACUAUGAGUGGUGGGGGAGGUCGGCCUCGUGGAGGUAAAAUGGGGACAUCUAUUCGUGCUUCAAGUGUCUCUGGCGAAGUCAUGUCAAAUGCUGAAAAGGAGCUUUCUGAUUUGGUUGAAAGCUUAAGUACUGUGAGAAGCCAGCUAGCAGAUGCAGUGAAGGAUUUCCAGGAUGCAGAGAAAGAAAUCUCAGCUCUGGAAAUGGAGUUAGAGAAAAGCCAAAAAGAGAUAGACAGUCUAAGGCUGCUGUCUGCUGACCUGGAAAAGCAACUAGAUUCCCUGAAAGCAGCAGCAAAACCGACAAAAGUAGAGUUGGAUAGGCUAAAGGAACUGGGGAUUAUCAUUUCUGCAGCAGAAAGGGAAAUAAACAAGCUUGUGAAUGGUUCGAAACAGCUGAAGGACAAGGCCUUGGAACUUCAGAAUAAAAUAGAAAAUGCUGGUGGUGAAAGACUGAAAAACCAGAAGGCGACAGUUAACAAAAUUCAAUCUGAUAUUGAUAAAAACAGCACUGAGAUCAACCGUCGUAAAGUUCAAAUAGAAACAAAUCAGAAAAUGAUUAAGAAGCUCACAAAGGGAAUAGAAGAGGCCAAGAAUGAAAAGGAAAAACUUGUGGAGGAAAGGGAGAAGUUGCGUUCCACCUUUAAAGAAAUAGAACAGAAGGCUUUUAAGGUCCAAGAAAACUAUAAGAAGACACAGGAGUUAAUGGAUCAACACAAAGCUGUUCUGAGUCAAGCAAAAUCUAACUAUGAAAGUUUGAAGAAAGUUGUGGAUGAGUUGCGUGCUUCAGAGGUAGAUGCUGAAUACAAGUUACAAGAUAAGAGAAAAGCCUGCAAAGAGUUGGAAAUUAAGGGGAAAGGUUACAAGAAAAAACUUGAUGAUCUAGAAGUUGCUGUAUUGAAGCAAAUGGAGCAGAUUCAGAAGGAUAUGGUAGAUCCUGACAAAAUUCAAGCAGUACUGUCAGAUGAAACUCUUGGUAAAACUCAUGACCUUAACAGGGCUCUUGAGACGGUGACUCUUCUUGAAGCUCAACUGAAAGACAUGAACCCCAAUCUCGACUCAAUCUCAGAGUACCGAAACAAAGUGUCUGUGUACAAUGAGCGAGUUGGAGAUCUUAAUUCAGUUACUCAGCAGCGCGAUGACCUAAAGAAGCAAUACGAUGAAUGGAGAAAGAGGAGGCUGGAUGAAUUCAUGGCUGGUUUUAACACAAUUUCAUUGAAAUUGAAAGAGAUGUAUCAGAUGAUCACAUUGGGAGGUGAUGCAGAACUCGAGUUAGUUGACUCAUUGGAUCCCUUCUCUGAAGGCGUCGUCUUCAGUGUCAGACCGCCCAAAAAGAGCUGGAAAAAUAUUGCUAACUUAUCAGGUGGUGAAAAGACACUCAGCUCCUUAGCCCUUGUUUUUGCCCUGCACCACUACAAACCAACACCACUUUAUGUAAUGGAUGAGAUUGAUGCUGCUUUAGAUUUCAAAAAUGUUUCUAUUGUGGGGCAUUACAUAAAAGACCGUACCAAGGAUGCACAAUUUGUCAUCAUAAGCCUACGGAAUAACAUGUUCGAGUUGGCUGAUCGGCUUGUUGGGAUCUAUAAGACCGAUAACUGCACUAAGAGCAUCACCAUCAACCCUGGGAGCUUCUUGGUUUGUAAAUAGCUCCCAAUUGAUCACUCUUUUAUUAUUAUAUGAAAACAAAUUUUCCAAGCUGUAGCUAGUGUUCAAAGCCAUGCUUGAUCCUUAGGAAGGGUUUUAUGUAUUUAUUGAAAGUAUUUCAUGUCAAAAUUCUGGUUUCUGCACCUAAUUAUAUGCGGUAAACUUGGAGAGGAAUCGGAAAAGAAAUACAUGUAGCAUAUAUAUAUAUAUAUUUUACAUGUCCCGGUACCUAAGCACAUCUCUUGCUCC